UCGUCUUCAAGGUGGAAGCAAUGUCUGUUCUGGACAGUUGGAAGUGGAAGAGGACGAAGGUGUUUGGAAACCUGUAUGCCAAAGCCAAUACAAGCUGAACAAAUCAAGGGAUGAUCUGUGCUCAUACAUGCGGUGUGGCAAAAGUCACAGUCAGGAAAACCUGGUCUGUGACAGUUCCAAAAACAUCUCACUGGAUUGUACAGACAAAGUCAACAUAUCCCUGUUGACAGAUGACCAAAGCCAGAAUGUCAAUCAUUGUUUUGGGUCAGUACACUUCAACCACUCUGGCACCCUGGAGGCUGUGUGUUCUACUAGUUGGGAUAAGAAGGAUGGACGGGUCGUGUGCCGGGAGUUGGGUUGUGGAGAAGUUGUGUCAGUCAGCUCUGGGAGUAAACUCCAGAGAGGUGGAAUGCACGACCAUGUAGAUUGCAAAGACUCUGAGGCUUCACUGUGGCACUGUCUGGCCAAGCAUUAUAACACCUCAACCUCAUGCAGGAAAGCCAGUGUCAUCUGCUCAGGUAGUGUGAAAGUGCGUUUGUCAGAUGGCCCUGGGAGGUGUGCUGGAAGAGUAGAGAUUCAGCAUGAAGGGGUGUGGAAGAGCGUCCGUAAAAGCAACUGGAAUGAUCAAAACUCUAGAGUGAUCUGCAAUCAACUGAUUUGUGGUGAUGCUUUGGCUGAUACUGAUUCCUUCAUUCAAGGAACGAGUCAAGUAUUGAACAAUGAGGUGACCUGUACUAGUGACUCUAAAUCUAUCUCUAACUGUAUCAAGCCAACCAACAAACGGCAACAACAGGAUAAAAACAAGAUGGUAAUCUGCCAAGAGCAUGCGGUGGUGUUUCUGAUGGGGGUCUGCUCUGGCAAGGUGGGCAUAGAGCAAGCUGGGAAGACUUACUGGCUGUCUGGGUCUAACGCCACUUUUGAUCGUAAAACUGCCAUGGUGGUGUGUCAACAGAUGGACUGUGGGAAUGCUACCUCAUUUACCUUUGAAUCCACUAGUGGAACCACUGAUUUGUGGAAAUACUCUUACAACUGCCUGGAAAGGGAAGAAUCCCUUUUUGACUGCGAGCAGAGUGAGCGUCUGUCAAACCACAGUAUAGUAGUCUCUGUCGUCUGCUCAGGUAGUAAAACAGUAAGCCUGAAAGUUGACACUAAAGGCAAGGGGGAAUGCUGGGGAAAGGUGGAUGUGUGCCUCAACGGAGUGUGUGGAGGUGUUUGUGAGGAUGCCUGGACGGAUAAUGACUCCGACAUGUUGUGUAAAGACUUGGGUUGUGGAUCAGCCAUCUAUCCUCUAUCCUACCUGAGAAAAUCACAAUCAGCUUUAGACAAAAUCACCAUCAGCAGUGUGCACAGUACCCAGCAGACAACGAACAUCAGUCAGUGCAACAUGGUGAAAAACGUUGACCAGUCUUACUGUAAGGACAAGCCAGCCUACGUGGUUUGCUCAGGGAGUGUCAAGGCCAAGCUAAUGGAGCAUAGAGAGAGAUGCUCGGGCAACGUACAGAUGUUAUACCAAGGAAAUUGGAACCCUGUCUGUGAGACUGCCCUAAAGAACAAAGAUGUCCAAAACACUAUCUGCCGAGAGCAGGGUUGUGGACAUGGUGUCAAACCUCUCUUGUUCUUUGGCCCUUCAUCUGCAAACAGUGGUGCUGUUGUGUCAGGCCUCACCUGUAGUGCAAACAGCAAUUCUUCGGCAGAGUGCACAGCUAUGACCAACAACCAACAAUGUCGUCUCGGUGGUGUCCAAUGCUCUGAAUGGAGGAGAAUGGUGUUGAAGCUAGGGAAAGGGGCUUGUGAAGGGUACGUGUUUGUAUACAGUGAAGCAGACAGUCGGCCUGUCAGCAGCGAUGGUUGGACUGAGACAGAGAGCAAGGUUUUGUGCAAAGACUUGGGCUGUGGAGCCUACAUCAAACAUACUGUUAAGGAAAAGGCAGAUUAUCAUGAUCUCUUGUGGGGGAAGAAGUACAGCUGUGAAGGGGAGACAAAAAGCAUCUGGGACUGUGAACUUAACGACAGGCCCUCUCAAAACCAGUCGAUCUACUUACAGUGCCAAGAUGAUCUCACAGCAAGCCUGGGAGAAACAGGUAACUGCUAUGGGCAGGUGAGGUUAAAUAACUUGCCCGUGUGUUAUGAUAACUGGGAUGACAGUCACUCCAAAAUAGCAUGUCAAGAGCAGCAGUGUAGCAACAGCAUCUCAUUCGAAAAAAUCAACAGAGGAAGUGGAGGUGAUGCACAUUUCGUCAGCUGCAUUGGCUCGGAGUCCAAUCUCGGGCAGUGCAAAACAAGAAGAGGAAAGUGUGGUAGUGGAUUGGUUUCUGUGUCCUGUGCAGGUGGUGUGAAAUUCAAUUCAACUCAGAAAUGUGGAGGGAAAAUUAAGAUACUUUAUCGAGGCACCUGGGAGUCGGUAUGUCUACCGAAUAUGUUCUCACGCGGAGGUGAAUUACUUUGCGAGGAGCUAAGAUGUGGCUAUCCUCAACUUCUCCCACGGGAACAGAUUGAACAGUCAGAAGAGGAAAAAGAAGGACAAAUAAUACCAGAGACAUCUCUCGAAUGUUCCCAGGAGAAUCAGAACUUACAGAACUGCGUCAUCAAGAAGAAUGAAUGUAAAAAACCUGGUGUAAUCUACUGUGAAGGUUAUCCAAUCAAAGUGCCCAUUCCCCCGAUCCCCAUCAACUUGUAUGUUGGUCUUUCCCUCGGACUGUUGUCUCUGGUCAUGGUCGUUGCCCUCUGUCUCUUCCUGCGGAGACGAUUUGUAACCAGGUUCAAGUCGAGAUUCUCAAUGAGAAAAGAGUCUGCUUUUGAGAGUGGAGACUAUGAUGACGUAGAGACCAACGGAAGUGAACUAUUCGGACCAAUGGAAAUGAGAGAUUUGAAAUGCCACGAAUCAGAGAGUGGCGGAGACAAGGAGAAUGGCCGGCGAAGUGCUGCGUCUUCCCUGUCUUAUGACGACAUUGCUGAGGAGGUCCCAGCUCAACCAUUAUCCAGUGGAGAAGAUGGAACCAGUAGCCCAGGCCCAGGUGUUGGACCUUCUGCUACCCACGAACAUGUUACCUACGAGGUGGAGGAAGAUCAACAGGAGAGCUACGAUGAUGUGGUGUCAAUGAUCACGCCAGCUGAGAUCAGAGAGGAGAUUGCAGAGGUCCAUGAGAGACCCAAGGGCCUGGCGAUCCAUGAUGACGAGGAUUACCUGGAGCCUGAUGGCUAGAAGUGAGCAACAUGGAGGCUUGACAUGAUCUGUUGUCUAACAGAACUAUGAGAGGUGAUUAUGGUGUGUUGAUGAUAUGGUUUAAAUUGGCACUAUGCAUCAUUGAAUGAUAUACAUAAUUGUUUCUACUUUAUGAAGGAAUUAGCCAGUAAUUUAUAUAACUUUAAUCGUGUCAUGUAAAAUUACUACUUUAUGGUUGAUUGAA